AUGGAUACCUCCAAAGAGCCUAUUGCCAUUGUUGGUAGCGCCUGCCGGUUUCCUGGAGGCUGUGAUACUCCCUCCAAGCUUUGGGAGAUGUUGAAGCAACAGCGUGAUGUCUUGCAGAAGAUCCCCAAAGACCGCUUUAACACAGACCCGUUUUACCAUCCUGAGCCAACGCACCAUGGCACUAGCAAUGCCCAGUUUUCAUAUCUACUAGAACAAGACAUAGGCGAGUUCGAUGCAAAAUUUUUCAAUAUUCUCCCAAAAGAAGCCGAAUGUAUCGAUCCGCAACAGAGACUUCUCAUGGAGACCGUCUACGAUGGCAUAACCGCUGCUGGUCUACCUAUGGAGAAGUUGCGCGGGUCGAACACAGCCGUAUACGUGGGCCAGAUGUGCGAUGACUGGCCUGGCAUGCUCCAGACCCAACUCGACGAGUCACCGCCCUACAUGGCCACGGGUUCGUCGCGAAGUAUCGUAGCAAACCGAGUCUCAUACUUCUUCGACUGGCACGGCCCAUGUAUGAACAUUGACACGGCAUGCUCAUCGAGUUUGGUGGCUAUUCACGAGGCGGUUCAGACCUUGCGGAGUGGCCAAUCUGGAAUAGCCGUGGCAGCCGGGGUUAACAUUCUGAUCUCUCCAAUGUAUUAUAUAUCUGAGAGUAACCUCCGCAUGCUAUCCUCAGAAGGACGGUGCCGGAUGUGGGAUGCUGCUGGGGAUGGAUAUGGUCGUGGGGAGGGUAUUGCAUGUGUGGUGCUCAAGACCCUGAGUCAAGCCCAGCGAGACAAUGACCAUAUUGAAUGCAUAAUCCGGGAGACUGGUGUUAAUCAGGAUGGCCGGACCUCUGGAAUCACUAUGCCCAGCAACAUUGCCCAGGCGCAGCUGAUUCGCGAUACCUACCGCCGAGCCGGGCUCGAUGUACACAACCCGCUAGACCAGCCGCAGUUUUUCCACGCCCAUGGCACGGGAACCAAGGCGGGAGAUCCGCAAGAGGCGACCGCUAUCUACCAUGCCUUCUUCACGAAGGAGACGGAGCCAGAGCAGAAGCUGUUAGUAGGCUCAAUCAAGACACAUAUCGGUCAUACGGAGGGCGCGGCGGGACUUGCCAGUGUCAUCAGCACUUCGCUGGCCCUGCAGCAUGGACAAGUACCUCCAAAUAUGCACUUUAAUGAGCUCAAUCCUGAUAUCCUUCCAUUCUACGGCGCCUUCGAAGUCCCAACCUCCGUCAAGGAGUGGCCGGCGCUGAAGCCUGCCCAGGUGCGGAGAGCGAGUGUUAACAGUUUCGGAUUUGGUGGCACCAAUGCCCAUGCAAUAAUGGAAUCUUACAUGCCUCCUAGGACGAUGAUGUCCGCACCGUCUCAAUCAACCACAUUAUACACGCCCUUGCUCUUUUCUGCCAACUCAGUCACCUCACUGCGGGAAAUGAUUUCCAAGCAUCGCGACUAUCUGGUAGAUAGGCCCGAAACCAGCCUUCGUGAUCUUGCAUGGACGCUGCAACAUCACCGCUCAACUUUGCCUUACAGGAAGGCCAUCACUGGGCGGGAUUAUGAGAGCAUUAUCGCCCAAAUGGAUCUUGUCUUGAAUGCCGAGCCCGCGGACCUGAAUAUUCGGUCCAUCCAAUCCUCUGAGCCUCGCGUUCUGGCAGUAUUCACUGGUCAAGGUGCCCAGUGGCCCCGGAUGGGUGCCCGCUUGCUGGAGUCGUCGAGCUUUGUCCGCAACAAGAUUGCUUUCUUAGAUGAAUGCCUCGCUACUCUCCCUGAAGAUGACCGCCCGGAUUGGACACUUAGUGAUCAGAUUCUGGCCACAGGGGAGUCCUCAAGAGUCUUGGAAGCGGCGAUAUCUCAGCCUCUGUGCACCGCUGUCCAAAUCGUUCUGGUUGAUCUCCUUCAAGCAGCAGGGAUCAAACUUGACGCAGUUGUCGGGCAUUCUUCUGGUGAAAUCGGUGCGGCAUAUGCCGCUGGUCUCCUGUCAACCUGUGAUGCUAUCCGAGUGGCAUAUCUCCGUGGUGUUUAUGCUAAGCUCGCAGCUUCUCCAAGUGGUGCAAAGGGUGGCAUGGCCGCUAUCGGUGUGUCAGCGGAAGAUGUGCAAGAGGUCUUUGAUCAAGAGGAAAUUCGGGAGGAAAUCAAGGGUAAAAUAUCCAUUGCGGCGCUAAACUCGGGAUCUAGCAUUACCCUGUCCGGGGAUGAGGAUGUUGUUCAGACAGUGGUAGACGUCUGCACUACCCAAGGGAAAUUCGCUCGUCGUCUACGGGUAGAUACGGCUUAUCAUUCAGACCACAUGCUGCCUUGCGCCAAUCCAUAUCUCGAGGCUAUGGAGCGCUGUGGUAUUUCGGUCCAACAACCUUCGGACGACCGACCAACGUGGUUCUCCAGUGUUUACCGUGAUACUAUUAUGGAUGCCAACAAUCUGAACCCCGAGUACUGGGUUCACAAUAUGGUACAGACUGUGCUUUUCUUACCGGCCAUCACCAGGGCUGCCAAGGAGAUCCAGACACUCGACAUCGCAAUUGAAGUGGGCCCUCACCCGGCACUCAAGGGUCCUGCGUUGGAUUCGCUAGGGGAGGUGCAAACGCAGAUUCCGUAUACUGGACUUCUUGGCCGUGGAAAGAAUGACGUAGAUGAGCUAUCUGCCGCUGUGGGAUAUCUUUGGACCCAGCUUGGAUCGGGUGUGGUUGACUUCCAUGGGUUGGAGAGCGCUCUGGCCGGUGACAAGGAACCUAAGACUCUCCUUGUCGAUCUCCCAAGCUACCCAUUUGACCACCAAAAUCGUUACUGGGUGGAAUGUCGCACAUGGAAGGCUAACAGAUUGUCAGACGCAUAUCCAAAUACAUUGUUAGGUUCGUGUCUGACUACCACGAGAAGCCCCGGUAAUGCACAAUGGAAGAACAUCUUGAAGCCAACAGAGAUACCAUGGCUACAGGGGCAUCGACUGCAAAACCAGCUGAUUCUACCUGCUACUGCAUACAUUGUCAUGGCGCUGGAAGCAAUUAAAGCGGUGGCUGGGGAUGCUGCCAUAGCACUAUUCCGGUUGACUGAUUUAGUGCUAAAACGCCCAAUUGUAUUCGACGAUGACAGUUCCAGCAUUGAAUGUAUCUCCAGUUUGCAAAUCUUGUCCUUCAAUGACUCGCAUAUCAAAGCCCAAUUUACGGUUGAGUCAGCACCCCAAGGAGAAUUGUCGUUGCGGGUUAAUGUUGAAGGCUCCAUAGAAGUCGAAUUGGGCAGAUCUAAUCCCGAGAAACUGCCGCUACUCGAGCAUGAUGACUACUACAAUAUAAAUGAGCAAAACCCCGGAAGGUUCUAUUCGGAAAUGAGAAACGUCGGCUAUCAGUACUCUCCGCCCUUCCAAGGAAUUACCAGCAUCCAACGACGCCUAGACUUUGCUCGCGGUACACUGAUCGACCAGUCGGACGACGCUUGGGAUGACCAGCUCAUCUUGCAUCCGGGGAUGCUAGACACAGCCAUACAGACAAUCAUAGUGGCGUACUCGGCUCCCCAGGAUGGGCGUCUCUGGUCCCUCCAUGUGCCGACUCGGAUCGCGUCGAUGGAAUUCAACCCCCAUUUCAUCUUCAAGCGAGCUUCGAAGCAAAAGAUAAUUCCGUGGGAAAGUCACGUUGCGGAUCAGGUAUCUAACAUAAUUGAGGGGUCUUUCCAUCUUCUUACCCAAGACCGUAAGCAUAGCUUUCUCCAGGCAGAAGGCAUCGUGCUAGCACCAUUCAGUCCUGCCCAAGCUCAGGACGAUAAUCAGCUGCUGGGCCACAUAAAGUGGCUACCGGCACUCCCCAAUGGUGCGAAUACGGGGGAUGGCAAGGCCUCCGUAUCUCUGAAUCCAGCAGUGACAGGAGAUGUGGAGCGAAUCUCCCUGUAUUACCUGCGCAGAUUGUGCGAGAUGAGUACUCCGAAGCACCGAAGCAAGGCGCUGCCACACCAUCAGCAGCUUCUCAAGUGGGCAGCAUCUGUUAUCGAUCGGGUCUCGGUAGGCAAGCACCCCUUCAUCGCUAAAGAAUGGAUCUCCGACUCAGAGCAGCUCAUCGAGCAAUUGAGCUGCCGUCAUCCGGACUCGGUAGAAGCAAAAUUGGUGGCGGAGAUUGGCCCGAGUCUUCCCGACCUCGUUCAUGAACAGGGCAUUCUGGCGCACUAUAUCUCCAUGAAUGAGGAGGCCCCCACAAUAAAGCGGAUCCAUGAGCGUCUGGCCGAUUUGGUCAAGCAGAUCAACCACCGUUACGCGCACAUGCAUAUUCUCGAAAUUGGAUCCGGAAACGGGGCCAUGACUGAAAUGAUCGUUUCCUCGCUGGGGACCUCCUUCUCCUCGUACACCUUUACCGAUGUGUCCGAUAACCUCUUCGGUGAGGCCGAGUUUCGCUUCUAUCAGUACGCAGAUCGCAUGAUCUUCAAGACAUUCGACAUGUACCAGGAUCCAACCGCUCAAGGCUUUACCGCCGGAAAAUAUGACCUCGUUCUGGUAGGUAAUGGUCUCCAGACGGCCAGGAACCAGGAGCAGGUUUUAUCCAAUAUCCGUCAACUGUUGAAGCCUGGUGGAUAUCUAAUAAGCGCCAGUCCUCUUGCGGAUGAUUCAUUGCGCCUCGGUCUUAUCAUGAGCGAUUGCCCGGAAUGGUGGAGCGGCGCUGAUUCGGGGCGGCUAACAUUAGACAGUUGGAACAACCUCCUGGGCCAAUGCCAAUUUUCUGGCAUUGACACCUACACCCCCGUGGAAGAUGUUCUCCAUGAUAUCCCGGUGUGGGCUGCGCAAGCGGAGGAUGAACGUGUGCGGCUAUUGCGGAAUCCGUUGGGUGCAUCAGUAGAGCUCCCAGAAGAGAUGCCACCCUUAGUUAUUAUUGGUGGGAGGUCUUUGGCCACCGUGCAGCUAGUAGAGCAGAUUGCUGCUCUGCUAUCGACCAAAUUUCCAGUCGCGACUCGUCUUCAUUCCCUCGAGGCCCUGAUUACUACGCCCAUUCCAUCCAAAGCUACCGUGCUUAGUCUCGCCGACCUAGAUGGCCCAGUAAUGAAGUUGUGGACUGCCAACAAGUUGGAGGCUUUGAAGUUACUUUGGAACCAGGCAGCAAGGGUAUUAUGGGUUACCAAGGGUGCUCGCUUUAGCGACCCAUAUUCUACUAUGAUUUCUGGCAUCGUGCGAGUGGUCCGAAUGGAAAAGAUAGACCUAAACGUGCAGUUGCUGGAUGUGGAUUCUAUCAAUCCGGGCACUGCAUGUCUGGUGUGUGAGACGUUGUUGAAACACCAACUACUUCUUACUUGGUCGCCGGACAACUCCACUGAGAAGCUGCUAUGGAGUUAUGAGAACGAAGUGGCAGUAGAAGGCCAGCAGACUCUUAUCCCGCGCCUGUAUUCAAAUGAGGUGGAGAAUAUGCGGUUCAACUCUGUCCGUCGGCCCAUUAUGCACGAGGUCAACCCAUUCGUGUCGACUCUACGAUUGGCCAGCACAGGUGAAUCUUACCAGUUGGAGGAGGUUUCGUCCUUGCGGGUUGCCGCGACACUGCCAACAAUCCGUGUGUGCCAAUCUAUACUGCAGUUCCUCAAGCUUGGAUCAAAUGGCUCUUUCAUGCUCUGCAUUGGCACAAGACAGGAUGAUUCCCAAGCUAUGGUUUUGGCUUUGACUCAGUGUUCUGAGUCUCCAGCACCCGUAGAGCCUGGUUGGGAGAUCGAGUUGCCAUUUUCCCCUGAGGUUGGACGCUUGGCUCUGAUGACCUUGGCCACCCACAUUGUCACCCAGCAGAUGCUGGCUAUUGUACCCAAGAAUGGUACCCUAGUGGUUCACGAACCAGACAAUUUGCUCCAUGCCGCUCUUUUGGAUGCCGCGGAGAAAGUCCGGCUUGAUGUGUGGUUCACCACUUGCCAGCCUGGCCGUAACUCCAACUGGACGUACUUGCACCCUGCCCUUCCCGCUCGCCUAGUGAAAGAAAAGAUGCCUAGCGAGGUCUCUGCUUUUGUCAACCUCGAGGCCCCUAAUGGUUUGGGUGCCCGCGUGGCAGAUGCCAUUGCAGGUUGUGUCCCCCCGCAUGGCGUGCAUGCCUCGGCGACUACGUUUUUCGCUAACCAGCUAUACACCCGCUCGGGGGUUGAGCCGGCUGUCGUCAGUGAACUUCUCCAAAAUGCGUGGCAGUCAGCCUCCACGUCUAGCUUGGCCUUGGAGUUGAUCGAUCCUAUUCCGCUGGGUGAGGUCUCGUUCCACAAUCCGGUGAGAGAAGCCAUCCAGCUGGUUGACUGGAACGUUCCCGCGGUGCCUGUUCAUCUAAGAAAAAUUGACGCUGACCCAAUUUUCCGCCGCGAUCGAACCUAUCUCAUGAUUGGUCUCACUGGAGAAGUUGGUCAGUCCCUUUGCCACUGGAUGGCUCGUAAAGGGGCUGGUUGUAUUGUUCUGGCGAGCCGUAACCCCAAAAUUGCUCCUGCGUUCCUUCGCAAAGCUGAAGAUCUAGGCGCAACUGUUCGGCCGCUCUCACUUGACAUCACCUGUCGCGACUCUCUUCAACGCUGUCUCCGAGAGAUCAGGCGCAGCAUGCCCCCAAUCGCCGGUGUGGCUAAUGGUGCCAUGAUCAUGGAGGACGUGCAGUUCGACCACGUGGAAUUUGAGAGCAUGGAACGGUCGAUGAAACCAAAAGUCCUCGGGAGCAAAUUACUGGAUGAAGCUUUCUAUGAUACUGCUCUGGACUUCUUCAUCAUGUUUUCCUCCAUUGCGGGCGUCGUCGGUAACACAGGGCAAAGCACCUAUGCGGCAGCCAACAUGUACAUGGCUGGUCUAGCGCUUAAUAGGCGUAAACGUGGAGUUGUUGGCUCGGUUAUUGCCUACAGUCCCCUCAUGGGCUUGGGUUACAUUGAUCGCACCGACGAAACCAUGGGUGAUAAGUUCCUUUCCAUGGGUGUCUCCCUCAUGUCUGAGACGGAUUUCCGCUAUGCCUUCGCUGAGGCCAUCAAGGAGGGUCAAGCGAGUUGUCAUGAUCGUGCGGAAUUGAUUACUGGUUGCGCGCCAAAGGUUCUGAGUGAUAUUACUCGUAACCGUUACAGGAGUGAUAUUCGUUUUAGCCACAUUAACCUCGAGCGAAUCAACGGCCAAGCGGGUGCUGGCGCAGGGGAUUCCUCCAUCAGAGGCCUGUUGAAGCAGGCCGGUUCUAUGGAGGAGGUCGAAGGGGUCGUGCUCGAUGCCUUUACUGCAAGACUUAAAACCCUUCUUCGAAUGUCUACAGAGCAGCCCCUCGAUGCCAACAGCAGUCUGGUUGGACAAGGCAUCGAUUCUUUAGUUGCCAUUGACAUCCGCGAAUGGUUUGACCGCGAAUUGGAGAUUGAUAUGCCGGUUAUCAAGAUAUUGGGUGGCUCUUCCAUUGUCGCUUUGGUGAAGGGUUGUCUCCAAGAUAUCCCAGAGACUGUAGUCGACAUCAGAAACCUUUCCAACGAAGAUCAGUCAGUAGGCGGAAAGCCAGCAGCACCAGCGGCUGCAACGUCUGGGGUCGAGUCAGCCAUCCCUCUGUCAGACAGCAAGGACUCAAUCUCGUCCAGCUCAGACAGUGAAAGCGUGGACACAUCAUCCCACUAUGGAACCAGUGACACUGAGCCCGAAGAGGAGAACACCUGCGAACCUUCGAUUGACUUGGAUCUGCGCCAGUCCAUCAUCCAGUCGGCCACCGAGAAAGUUGUUCCUAUGUCCUUCAGCCAAGCCCGUUUCUGGUUCAUGCAGCAUGCCUUACAAGAUCCUUCAGCCCUUAACAUGGGCCGUUGCUGGCACAUUGAAGGUGCCUUGGAUCUGCCAAGACUGAGAAAGGCGGUCAUCACGGUUGCGGACCGACAUGAAGCAAUGCGCACCCGAUUCUUCUGGGGAGGACAGGACCAUGACGUUCCUAUGCAGGGAAUCCUAUCGCGGUCCAUUGUUCAGCUUGAGACUAAGCGAAUCACCAACAAGGAGGAGGUAAACCGGGAGUUGGAUGCUAUGCGAUACCAUGCCUAUGACCUCGGUGAUUGGCAGCUUGUGAGAACCCGUCUUCUUACAUUGUCUAACAGAGAACACUAUAUGAUUAUUGGCAACCAUCCGAUCACCUUUGAUGAUAGCAGUGCCUCGCUUUUGCUCAACGAGAUGAAUCAAGCCUAUCUGGGACAAAGUCUACCUAGCCUUCCCCAAGAGGCCCAGUACUCUUUCUUUGCGGAAGCGCAAUUCCGGGACUACAAAGAAGGGCGUUUCCAGAAACAUAUUGACUAUUUCAAAGCCUUGAUCAAAGAAGAGAACCACCCACUGGAACUAUUUGCCUUUUCCAAGGCCCCAGUCAGACCAGUUCAAACUCAAUACCGCACCCAUCGAUCGGAUAUGCGUCUCUCGUCGAAGCAGGCUUCUCUGCUCAAGCAAAUCUCACAGGAUAGGCAUUCGGCCACCUCCGACCUCUAUACUGCCGUUUUGGGUGCGCUUCUGUUCCGUCUGUUGCCCAACACCAACCAGGUAUUGCUUGGCAUCGAUGCCGACCGUAACGAUCUGGCUCUGGGAAGAUCCAUGGGGUGCGCGCAUAACGCGUUGCCAGUCCGGCUGGAGAGGCCAGGCAUCAACACAAAGCUUGGGCCUUAUCUUGAUACGGUACGAAAUUCAAUUGAGGGCGUUCUAGAGCAUUCGGCGGUGCCUUUUGAUGUCCUCGUCAAUGAACUCAAGUUGGACCGCUCAGCAAAUGUUCCCCCGGUGUUCCAGGCAAUGAUACAGCAUCGCGUUGAAAGGCAAGAUCAGGUUACAUGGUGCAAUGCUACCUGUAAUCCAGAUAAGUCCCUUAACUCUUGUACCGGACUUGACCUCUACUUGGACAUUACCGAAAACUGUACGGGCGAGACUGCCGUCGGCUUGGAGGUGCAGCAAGGACUAUACAGCCAGGAGCACGCAGAUCUUCUUGUCAAAUCCUUUGUCUAUCUUCUAGAGCAGCUCACUACGAACCUCGAUGUACCUCUAGCAACUUCUGAGUUGUGGCCACCCGAAGAUAUUUCGCGGGCGCUGGAACUUGGUACAGGUCCUGUAGCGCCUAUGCAAUGGCCACGGACUGUUGUUCAUAGGAUUGACCAGAUGAUCCAGCAAAAUGGAAGCAACCUUGCCCUCAAGGAUGGCAGUGGCAAGAGCUUGACCUACAACGAUAUGAGCCGCCGCAUUGACUCGAUUAUCGCGGCUUUGCGCCAGGCAGGGACCCCGAAGGGCUCUGUUAUUGGUAUGAUGCAGGAGCCUAGUGUUGAUUCGAUUUGCUCAAUGUUGGCUGUCUUCCGUGCUGGUGCAGUCUAUAUGCCGUUUGAUCAUCGAAUCUCCAUCGAUCGGGCACAGGGUGCAAUCCAUAAGGCUAAACCGUUAUUGCUACUUGUUGAUCAAUCUACGGUCGAUAAGGCCAAAUCCCUUCAGGGUCCCAUGCCAAGGGUAUUGGAUAUCUCCUCAGUGGCUACACGCCAGCACAUUCCGCGCACACCAAACUUGGCAGAUGGUAGCUCGCCUGCUAUUAUCCUGUCAACCGGUGGCUCUACCUUUGAGCCUAGCCUAGUCAAGCAUGCAAGCAUCAUCCCCCAGCUUGAGGCCUCUUCAAUGCAGUACAACUUCUCGAACGAAAGACCACUAGUCGCGCUUCAGCACUCAGCCAAUUCCACUGAUCUGUCGCUCACGCAAACCCUCGAUGUAUUGUGCAACGGAGGAAGCUUAAUUAUCCUGCCCGCCAACAGACAGGGAGACCCCGUUGAGAUUGCCAAAACAAUGCAAGAAGAAAAAAUCAGUUACACGUUGGCGGCUCCAUCCGAAUACCAGAAUUGGCUCAGCUGUGCAGCGGAACAACUUCGAAACUGUCCUCGCUGGACCCUCGCCAUUACGACAGGUGAAGGAGUCCCUCAGAAACUCUUACAAAGCUUCCGUACUCUUGACAGCCCGUCUCUCCAGCUUCUCAACCUCUACAGUCCGGUUGGAACAUGUUUCGGUUCCACUUGGCAGGGUCUAGUUGAGUAUCGCAAGUCUGACGCGAAGUCACCCGUCGCCUCUGGGUAUGCUUCACCCAACCAGGCAAUCUACAUCGUGGAUGUCGAGCUGCGGCCUCUUCCAGUUGGUGUCCCGGGCGAGGUGCUCAUCGGGGGCGCUGGUAUUGCUGAUUGCUAUGGCAAUAUGGAUAGUACAAUGAAGGAGAGGUUUAUUGAGUCUCCAUUUUCUCAAUUGGACAGUAACUUCACUACCAACAAGUGGGAAACCGUCUAUCGCACUGGAGACCGUGGUUACCUACAGAAGGACGGUGCCCUUAUCCUGGUUGGCCGUUCAGAUGGUGCCACUCAGGUCAAUGUUCGCGGCUUCCAGGUUGAUUUAGAAGAGGUCGAAAACGCCUUGAUCGAGGCUUCUGGGGGAUUCUUAACCAAUGCUGCGGUCACCCUGAGAGAACAUGGUGAGGAUCAAUUCUUAGCUGCUCAUGUUGUCUUUUCCAAUCAGAAGUCUCAGAAGAACUCCCAGGAAAUGCUGUUGGACAACCUCUUGAUGCGUCUGACUGUACCAGACUAUAUGGUCCCUUCGGCUAUUGUAGUCUUGGAGGAACUACCAUUGGAUUCUCACUCCAAAGUGGACCGAACUGCCAUCUGCCAGCUGCCUAUUGAUGAAUCUAACGUGGUGACCCCGACUAGCCGAGAAAUGACAUCGAUGGAGGCCAGUCUUGCCAAAGUCUGGAAAGGUGUCCUUUCUGCCUCUGCCUCUCCGACCCUUACUCCCAGCUCUGACUUCUUUCAGGCUGGGGGUACAUCGCUGCUGAUUAUGAUUUUGCAGCGCGCAAUCAAGGAGCAGUAUAAGGUCGCACUACCAGUAACCGAGCUGGUGGCUACCAAGAGACUCGCUGAUAUGGCCCGUUUGAUCGAGGGGAAAGGGGUUUUUGUCUAG